AUGGUGUCUGGUUUCCCCAUCUCCGAGGCCCAGCUGGUCGCCCUGUUCGCGGAGAGCAUCGCGUACGGGAUGCAUGUGGUGACGUUCGCAUUCUGCAUGUACUCGUGGGUCCACCGUUCAAAGGCCUCACAAUCAGCGAGAUCAUGGCCGUGGAUGUCCAUCGCCAUUGCACUCUUUAUUGUCGGGACACUUGACGUGUCCUUUAACUUAUACCACAAUAUUAUCGCUUUCAUUCUGUAUACCGGCCCUGGCGGCGCAAAUGGAGAAUUCGAGAAGCUGUCUAAUUGGGUCAACGUCAUGCGGAGCGUAUGGGCCCGUCUGUGCGCACUGAUAUCUGACGCUGCCCUGAUAUACCGCUGCUGGGUCGUCUACAGUCCCUCUGCGCGACGAUGGUCCGUCGUGGCGUUCCCAAUCUUGCUGUGGCUCGGUGUCGCAGCAUGCGCGUUCAUGGACGUCUUCUAUCUCUGUACCCUUCAUUUGAACACAUCGAUCCCUCUGGCGACCGGACUCCGGCCGUGGCUUUACGCCUACUUCUCAAUAACACUCGCCUUGAACGUCCUCACGACAGGCAUGAUCGUGCACCCGCUCUGGAAGACACGCAAAUUGACCUCCGAGUACUUCAAGCUGCGCUCGCGCAAACGAGACAGACUGAAGGGCUUGAUUCGGAUCUUCAUCGAAUCUGCGCUGUUGUACACGUUGUCUGUUGCGAUCAGCGUCAUCAUGGAGAUGGUGCAAUCGAAUGGCUACUAUCCUGUAACAGACGUCAGCGCGCAGCUCGCGGGGUUCACUUUCGAUCUCAUCAUCAUCCGCAUCUGGAGAGGAGUCUCUACGGAGCAAACUCGCGCCUUCGCAGAUUCCAUGAGUAAAUCUCCGAUGGCUCCUGGCAAGGCGCCUUGGGAGGAGAGUUCAGAUAUCGACUCCUUCGAAGUACACUUGGAGAGUGAUGCCUCUGAGACGAUGGUGUAA